UCUACAACAUUUCACUACUUCUUCACUAACAAAUCUCCAUCGAUGGAAAUCAGAACCGCUCCUUCUCCUCCAAUCCUUGAAGAAGAUCAGAAACAGAUACUCCAUUUCAGUCAUCCACAGCAUACCCUGUUUCAAAUCACCCUUCCCUAUUUCUUCACGUGCAUGGGUUGCAAAGAAUUCGGUGCAGGCAACAGGUUCAAGUGUCUACACUGUGAUUUUGAGCUCCAUGAGUUCUGUGCCUUGGCUCCACCAUCUCUAAAAAGCCACUCACUCCACACUCAACACUCUCUCGUCUUCUUUACUAAACCAGGUGGAUAUUUGCGAUCAAGCUGCGAUGUAUGCAGCAAGAGCAUGAAAGGAUAUGCUUUUCGUUGUAGUACAUGUAAUUUCGCUAUGCAUCCUUGUUGUGCUCAGCUUUCCUGGGAAAUGAAUUUUCCGGUGCAUGUCCACACCCUUAAACUGUUAUCAUCAACGAUGUCAACAAGUGGAGACUCGGAUUUUUUCUGUAAUGAGUGUAAGAAGAAGCGAUCUGGUAGGGUUUACAGAUGUGGGGCUUGUGAGUAUAACCUCCAUGCAGUUUGUGCUAAGAAUAUGGUUAAUGGUUUAUAUGCUAAUGGCAUCAAAGCCCCUGAAAACCCUAGCAAGUUUGGGCGAGCGGUUGGGAUCGCAUCUCAUGUGAUAAUAGGGUUCAUUGGAGGGUUGCUUGAGGGGAUUGGAGAAGGGGUUGGUGGAGCUUUAUUUGAUACUAUUGCUAUGAAAAGCAGUUCCAUCACCAAAGGAAUAUCAAGUUAAAACAACCAGAUUUUGUAUUAUUA